AUGGAUUAUUUGCUGUCGUAUUUCCUGAUUAUUUUCGUGUUCUUCUCGUCGUCAAUUUGUGGUCAGUUUUCUUACGAAAGGUCGAUUCUUUUGGAAUUUAAGGAAUUAGUUUCUGACCCACAUGGGAUUCUCAGAAGCUGGAAUGCAGCCAAUUCGAAUCACUGUUCUUGGUUGGGAAUCUCAUGCAAUUCUAAUCUUAGGGUUUCUGAGAUCAAAAUCGAAUCCAAUCUGUCGUUUUCAAUUGGGGUUUUGGGAGGGAAGCUUCCAUCGAUGUUAGGAAAUCUUACACACCUUAGGGUUUUAUCACUUCCUUACAAUGAGUUUGAGGGUAAGAUUCCUAAUGAGAUAUUGGAGUUGAAGAAUCUUGAAGUUCUUAAUCUUGAAGGGAAUCUACUCGCCGGAGAUUUCUCCGGCUAUAGAUUCCACGGUCUUACAAAGUUGAGGGUACUUAAUCUUGCAUUCAAUCGAAUAUUCGGUGAGUUUCCUUCAUCUCUUGCAAAAUGUGAGAGUCUAAAGAUUUUGAACAUGGCCGGGAACAAUGUUAGCGGCGUUGUUCCUUUGUUUUUAGGACAGUGGAAGGAGAUGAGAGUGUUGAAUUUGUCGUAUAAUCGAUUGAUUGGCUGUAAGAAAAGCUAUUCUGGAUAUGGUUGUGGGAAUCUAGAGCAUUUGGAUUUGUCGGCGAAUUUUCUAAAAGGGGAGAUACCGCGUGCUUUGGGGAAAUGCCGGCAUUUAAAGACGCUUUUGUUGUCAUUUAAUGCGCUAUCGGGUUACAUCCCGGAUGACCUUGGGAAGCUUCGAAGCCUUGAGGUUCUAGAUGUUUCUAGAAACAAGCUACGCGGUCCUAUCCCCGCGAGCCUUGGGAGUUGUAGUAAUUUGUCGGUUCUUGUCCUAUCGAGCAACUUUAAUGAUUAUCAGGCGAUGGGACAUCCACGUGGCGAUGGAUUUAUUUGCGCGGCGAAGCGCGACUGCAAUUCCUUUGAAGGGUCUAUUCCUGAGGCGAUCACAGCUCUUCCAGCGAUGAAGAUUAUUUGGGCGCCGGGCGCGAACCUUUACGGCGAAUUCCCGAGCAAAUGGGGCAGCUGCAACAGCUUGUUGAUGCACGACCAGCGUAAUCCGGUGGAGUUACUACACAGUCCGAAAACAAGGAGGUCUCUUGCCGUCGCGGCUUCCCUUUUUAGCCUAACAGCAAUUGGCGCGAUCGCAAUCGCUUUUCUGAUUGCAUACUGCUGCUCGAGAAAACCGACGGUGUCGUCAACCACCACGGAAACGGCGGCGGUGGCGGUGGUGGUGGCGCCGCCGCCGCCGCCGCCGCCGUCGGCGAAGAAACUCACCGUAUUUGUCGAUGUCGGGAUGCAGCUGAGCUACGAGGCCAUACUCGAAGCAACGAGUAACUUUAGCCGGAGAAACUGCAUCGGCCGCGGAGGAUUCGGUUCCACGUACAAAGCCGAAGUCGCGCCGGGGAGUAUCGUGGCGGUUAAGCGUUUAGCAACCGAGCGCCACCAGGGAGAGGGCGGCGCGCGGCAGUUUCAGGCGGAGGUGAACACGCUAGGAAGAAUCAAACAUCCGAAUCUUAUUACAUUGAUCGGUUAUUACAGCGGCGAAUCGGAGAUGUUUCUGAUUUACAACUACCUCGCCGGAGGGAAUCUCGACAGGUUCAUCAGGGAUCGCGACAGGCUCUGCUUUAAUUGGGAAAUUCUUCACAAAAUCGCUCUGCAAAUCGGUUCGGCGCUCUCGUUUCUGCACAAUCAGUGCAAUCCACGGAUUCUGCACAGAGACAUAAAGCCGAGCAACAUUCUGUUGGACGGCGAGUACAACGCUUAUCUGUCGGAUUUCGGACUGUCGAAGAUUCUGUCGCCGGAGAAGACGCACGCGACGACGCACGUGGCGGGGACGUACGGGUACAUCGCGCCGGAGUACGCGCAGACGGGGCGCGUGUCGAACAAGUCGGAUGUUUAUAGCUACGGAUUGGUUCUGCUGGAGCUGAUCUCCGACAAGCGCGUGCUGGACCCGUCGUUCUACACGCACGACGACGGCUUCAACAUUUCGUCGUGGGCGAUGAUGAUGAUGAACGAGGGGAAGACGAAGGACGUGUUCACCGCCGGUUUAUGGGAAACCGGGCCGAAGGAUAAGCUGGUGAAACUGCUGCACGUGGCGGUCUUGUGCACGGUUCAGGCGCUAGCCGCCCGGCCUUCCAUGAAGCGAGUGGUUCAGCGGCUGAGGCAGCUUAAACCGGCGGCUGGAUAGCGCCGGUCCGCCGACGGAAGGUAUUUGCAGUUUGGAGUUUGAUUGCUUUGCACGCAGAUGCACGUGUUGUGA